AUGUCACUCUGGGCACGUGCUCAGCAGCUGCCUACUGAGAGCUUCAACAAGGUUCGUGCUAUUUACGGGGACCAUUUCCCGUUGGAAGUGCGACAUUGCCUUGCACCAUGGAUCGAACAGCGCAUUUGGGCUCCGGAACCAGAGGAGCCGCAAAGGUUCUUCCUCGAAGAGCUUGUCCAGGAGAUCCAGACCAGCGCCGAACUUAUGAUCGCCCCCGACAACUUCUUGACCAAAGUGAAGCUGCUGGAGGCUGCUAACAACUUCCACAGACAUUACAGCCACGCCCCCCAUGAGCUAUACCUGUACAUGCGUCGCUGCCUCGCUAUGGAGAUGGAAGUGAUCCAGGGCACUGGUGCCCAGCUGAUGGCGCAGCCGCAGACAGAAAGAAAAUACAGCGAGCUUCUAACCGGCCUUCAAACAGUGCGGCAAAAAGUGAACGUGGUGUCAGAAGACAUCCGCACCCUCCAGGGCAGCAUUGAGUCCUUCUCACUGCAGUACCACGAGUGUCUCAAAAACAAGGGCCAUAUUAACUAUCUGCAGCAAUCUGGACCUAUGACCAACGAACGACGCGAGCUGGAGGCCUGUCUCAGAGUGCAGAUUGAGGAGAUGGAAAGAAAACUUAAUGUACUGGUGGCCCAGAUCAACCAGUCCCAGAUGACUCUAGUGGACCAUAUGAAGGAGAACAUCGGUAUGCUUGGACAGCUGCAGGCGCAAGUGCUGGACGAGGAACUUAUUAAAUGGAAGCGCGAGCAGCAAUUAAGCGGCAAUGGCGUGCCGAUGCAGUCGAACCUGAACAACAUUCAGGAGUGGUGCGAGCUGCUGGCCGAGAUGAUCUGGACCUCGAGACAGCAGGUGAACAACGUGGCCCGGAUUAACAGCAAAACUAUAGUCGAGCUGAGGCAGCCGCAUCUCAUUGAGAUGCUCGAGGACCUUGGGAAGCAGGUAACGAGUCUGCUCUCGACCCUCGUGACUUCGACCUUCGUGAUUGAGAAGCAACCUCCGCAGGUCAUGAAGACCAACACUCGCUUCACGGCCACGGUACGUCUCCUGGUUGGUGGGCAGCUCAACGUCUACAUGACCCCUCCUCGAGUCAGCGUAAUCAUAAUAUCGGAGCAGCAAGCACAGCAGCUGUUGAAAAGCGAGUGCACGGCCACUACCAGUCGCGGCAAGCCGCCGCAGGAGUGCGGAGACAUUCUGAACAACACUGGCACCAUGGAGUAUCAGCCGGCCAGCAGACAGCUCAGCGUGAGCUUCAGGAACAUGCAAUUACGCAAAAUUAAACGCGCUGAAAAGAAAGGAACAGAGAGCGUGAUGGAUGAGAAGCUGACACUGCUUUUCCAGUCAGAGUUCAACGUCGGUGGGGGCGAGCUCGUCUUCCAGGUGUGGACCCUGUCCUUGCCGGUGGUGGUAAUCGUGCAUGGCAACCAAGAGCCCCACGGCUGGGCCACGGUGACAUGGGACAACGCCUUCAGCCCGCCCGGCAGGGUGCCAUUCGCGGUACCUGACAAGGUGACCUGGGGCCAGCUGGCAGAGACCCUACGCAUCAAGUUUUUGUCAGCUACAGGUGGAGACCUGUCUGAGGAUAACCUUAGAUUUCUUGCAGAAAAGAUCUUUAGAUCAAACGUACCGUUAAGCGCUUUGGAACUGAACGGCAUGACAGUGUCGUGGACACAGUUCUGCAAGGACGCGUUGCCCGACAGGAACUUCACGUUCUGGGAGUGGUUCUAUAUGCUGUUGAAAAUGACCAGGGACUGUUCGCAACUGAGAGACAUGUGGCGUGAUCGCUUGAUAAUGGGCUUCAUCCAGAAGAAGCAAGCUGAAGACAUGCUGUCCAAAUGUCCACCAGGAACCUUCUUACUACGUUUCUCUGACUCAGAACUUGGUGGAAUCACCAUCGCUUGGACUGGAGAGGGAAAUGAAGUGUUCAGCCUGCAGCCAUUCACGUCGCGCGACCUGUCGCUGCGCUCUCUCGCUGACCGUAUCUCAGAUUUGGGGCAGCUUCAAUUCCUGUACCCCAGCACCCCCAAGGAUGACGUCUUCGCCAAAUUUUAUUCUAAGCAAGAGACCGCUUCAACUAACGGCUACGUACGCCCCGGACUAGUGACGACCCUGCCGCCGUACAUCAGUCCGUCGCCGGCGUACUCCGCACAUUCGCCAGACUCGCAUCGCAACACCCCUUCAGUUCAGAGCAGCUAUAUGUCGCCUACACCAAUGCAAGAGCAGACUUUCAUAGACGCCGAUAUCCUGGAUCAAAUCCGGGCUAUCAAUCCUGAGAACUUCGAUGAGUUCGACGACUUCUAUACUGGCACUACCAUGAACUUUGACUAAAGUGACACGACAGGAGUUUUCCCAGAUAUCUUAUAACUUGUACGUAGAGUAGUUUUUAUUGGCUCCAUAUGUCCGUUUUGUUUGAUUCUUGACAUUAUUCUAAUAAUAUCUCACCCUAAGUGUAAUAAGGCCACAAUUGACAACUUCAAGAAAGAGGUUUGAAGGUUCUAUGAACGAAAUGAAUGGAUACAUUUGUGUACUUUAAAUAGAACAGUUUAAAAAUUUAACAUAACGACACUAGAAGUAUCAAUUAACGUAAGGGACAUUUUGUCGAAAAUGAGUUACAUAUAUCAUUGGAUUCGGAAGUUCCCGCUCUAUCGAUUGGUAUUAUUAAAAUUUAGGAAUGCCUAGUGGUUUAAAAUGUCCCAUAUAUUAAAAAACAUUAAAAAAAGAUAUUUGGUUGUGCUUUACGUUACGUCGAGCAUUGUGUAAGCA